CGUUAGCCGCUUUAUGGUAGGAAUAACGUUAAAGCGGUUGCUACAGGCGGAACAACGUAGGUUGGCGGAGGGUCAGCGAUCGCCCUUGACUUCCCCCCCGUCCCGCGCGCCCUUGCUGUGGAAGAAGAUGGUGGAUCAGUGAGCCGGCACUUCAGGCUUCUUGAGGGGGUGUGAGAUGACGUAGCCUUGUGAGGAUUUAUAAGCUAAGCAGAAAAUGAGUGUAACAUCUUGGUUUUUGGUGAGCAGUGGAGGCACCCGUCAUAGACUGCCACGAGAGAUGAUUUUUGUUGGACGAGAUGAUUGUGAGCUAAUGUUGCAGUCACGUAGUGUGGAUAAGCAACAUGCUGUUAUCAACUAUGAUGCCUCCACUGAUGAACACUUGGUGAAAGAUUUAGGCAGUCUAAAUGGGACAUUUGUGAAUGAUGUGCGGAUUCCAGAACAGACAUACAUCAUCCUAAAGCUUGAUGAUAAAUUGAGAUUUGGAUAUGAUACCAAUCUUUUUACUGUAGUCAGAGGAGAGAUGAGAGUGCCUGAAGAAGCACUUAAGCAUGAGAAGUUUACCAGUCAGCUACAGUUAUCUCAGAAAUCCUCAGAGAUAGAUGGGGCAAAGCUAACUAGUGGCAAAACUGCUGAACAAAGAGUACAAGACAGCACUGCUGAAGUUCAUCACAAAGCAAUUGAUACUCUCAAGUCAGAAGAAAAAUCAGCAGAUCUUUCUGGAAUGCCUCGAGGCACACCACUGUAUGGGCAGCCAUCUUGGUGGGGUGAUGAUGAGACUGAAGAACAGAAUGGCUAUCGACAAGAUGGUAAAACUGAAGAGAAAGUACAAGAAACAGGAGUUUUAGGAGGCAGCACAGAUGGCAAGCAAGCUGAGGAGCAAUCUGCAGCUGCAACUGGAGAAGAACCUUAUCCUUUUUGUAGGGAACCAAGUUAUUUUGAAAUCCCUACAAAGGAAUUCCAGCAACAUUCACAAAUCCGUGAGGGUACUAUUCAUGAGAUCCCAACAAAAGACACACACAUAGCAGGGGCGGGGCAUGCUUCAUUUACUAUUGAAUUUGAUAACAGCACCCCAGGAAAAGUAACCAUCAAAGAUCAUGUCACAAAAUUCACUCCAGAUCAGCGUCCCAAGCCUAAGAAGCCUUCUCCUUCUGGUGCUCAGGAUCUUUCUGGGCUUCAAACUGUGAUGAUGGCACCCGAAAGUAAAGUGGCAAACUGGUUAGCACAAAACAAUCCCCCAACAAUGAUGUGGGAAGCAUCAGAAGAAGAUUCAAAAAGUAUUAAGAGUGAUGUUCCAGUCUACUUGAAAAGACUGAAAGGAAAUAAACAUGACGAUGGAACACAGAGUGAUUCAGAAAAUGCUGGGGCGCACAAGCUUUACAGUAAACGUGCUGCACUUGAAGACCAGUUAAAGCAUCAUUAUACUGAACAGAAAAAAUUGCAUUCAAAGGUCCUGAAUGUAGAGAAACAUUCUGAUCAACCUGCUUUAAAUCAAACUGCUUUUAUGAUUGAAUUCUUUGAUGAGGGCCAUCCCCGGAAGAGGAGAUCAUAUUCUUUUUCUCAAAACAUAGGAGGUUUGUGCUCUGAAACACCUUCUCCAGCAUCCCUUACAAGAACUGAAAAAGCGAAACUUCCACCAGGCUGUUCAUCUUUGUCACAGAACAGCUCCACCCAGCACAGGGCAGUGCACGCAAAACUUCUCAAGCAAAAAUCAGAAGAGCCUUCUGCUGCACUACCUUUCUUACAAAGUACAUUGUUAAGAAGUUCAGGAAGCCUUGGGCACAGACCAAGUCCAAACGAGGACAUGGAGAAGAAGUUAAAAACUCAGCUUGUUUCAGUGAAUCUGGAAAAGGAUGAUGAUGACCAAAGUGAUAAAGGUACUUACACUAUUGAACUGGAAAAUCCCAAUGCAGAAGAGAUAGAAGCACGCAAGAUGAUUGAUAAGGAAAGCACCGGCACUUCUGGAAGCAAGCGCUGGGCAUCACAGUGGGCUAGUCUGGCUGCUAAUCAUACAAAACAUGAAGAAAAUGAAGUACGGAUGGAGUCAUCUGCGCUUGUUCAUCUAGAAAACGAGACUGACAUCAGUGAAUCUGGCCUGUCAGUUAGAAGUGCUAGCUCAAUUACCUCUUUGACCAGCCUAGAUCGAAAGAGGCGGACACUCCCUCAGUUGCCAAAGGAGGAAAAUGUCACUGAAGGACAAAAAACAAAAGUUACAGCCCAUCACAGAUCAGAGAUAGGUGAAAAACAGGACACAGAACUUCAAGAGAAAGAAACCCCAACUCAUUCUCAAAAAGAAAUAGGAUGCGCCACUGAUAAAAGCCUGACUAAAGCAAGCAGAACAAUAAAUGGCCUUUCUCCAAAAACAGACAAGACAGUUUUUCACUCCAGUAGUUGCCUCUCUUCUGAAAAAGAAAAAAAUGAAAAUGGCAGAGAAACAUCUGUGGUAAAACAAGCUUUGGCUAAAAUUCAGCAGGAACAAAACGAGCUGACACAUUGGAUCCCGGCUAAAUUAUCUUCUGCAAGAACUCCCAGCCAGGUUGAAAAAGGGAGAGAGGAAUCUUCUGUUUCCCAUAAAUUGGAUAUCAAAGAAAAGGCAUCAGGGCGUGGUACAGGUAAAACAGAAAUUAAAGUGACACAAAGUGAAGGGAAACGAAGGAAAGCCGAGGAAGCCAAAUUGCAAACAACUAAAGGACUUAGUGGAGAUAAGAAGGAAGCAUCAAAGCCAUUAGUAAGACAAGGCAGCUUUACUAUAGAUAAACCAAGUGCAAAUAUACCCAUAGAAUUAAUUCCUCAUAUUAAUAAACAAGGAACUACUCCAUCAUUUUCUUUAACAUCCACCACUACAGCAAGUGAGAGAAGUGUUUCAGUGGAAACAGAUCCUGCUCUAGAUACAACACUUAUUUUAAAAGAUACAGAAGCUGUAAUGGCUUUUCUUGAGGCAAAGCUGCGUGAAGAAAAUAAAACAGAGGAAGGACCUGACACUCCCAGUUACAACAGAGAUAAUUCCAUUUCACCUGAAUCAGAUGUGGAUACUGCUAGUACAAUUAGUCUAGUUACUGGAGACAGUGAAAGAAAAACUACUCAGAAACGUAAAAGCUUUACCACCCUCUAUAAAGAUCGGUGUUCAACUAAUUCUCCUUCAAAGGAUAUUUUAAAGUCAUCUUGUUCAAAUGCCAGUGACAAAAUGGAGAAGAAAACAAAAUGCCGCUCCUCAGAAGCUAGUUCAAGGGGUGAUGCACGCAAGAUUGCACAGAGUAGUGGAAGAAUAAGGCAGCCUUCAGUAGAUUUAACAGAUGAUGAUCAAACUUCUAGUGUACCUCAUUCUGCUAUUUCUGAUAUUUUAUCUUCUGAUCAGGAAACAUGUUCUGGCAAAUCACAUGGAAGGACUCCUUUUACCUCAGCAGAUGAACAUUUGCAUUCCAAAACUGAAGGUAUUAAAUCAGCUAAGUUGAAGUCUUCUUCACCAUCAACUGGGCAAGUCAGUAAGUCAACCACUCUUCCAAGGCCUCGCCCUACAAGGACUUCUCUGUUACGGAGAGCACGGCUUGGUGAAGUGUCAGAUAGUGAACUUGCAGAUGCAGAUAAAGCAUCAGUUGCUUCAGAGGUAUCUACUACAAGUUCUACAUCUAAGCCCCCCUCGGGAAGGAGAAAUAUUUCAAGAAUUGACUUGCUUGCCCAGCCACGGAGAAAUAGACUUGGUUCUUUAUCAGCACGAAGUGACUCUGAAGCAACAGUAACUAGAAGCUCUACAUCUCGUACUCCAGAAGCCAUAAUUAGAAGUGGCAUUAGACUAACACCACCAGCAGACAGUACGAAAGUUUCUCCUAGAAUUAGAGCUAACAGCAUUUCUCGCCUGUCAGAUUCCAAAUCCAAAUCUCUGUCUUCAGCCCAUAACUCUCCAACAGGUAUGAGACACUUUCUACCUUAUCUCUAA